AUGGCCGUACCCAAGAAGAAGUUACUCGAUACCGUCUGGAACACCACGACGUUUUUGCUCACCAAGCAGCCGGAAGAUUUCGUGGAGUGUCAUCGCGUUAAAAUCGUCAUCGUCGGCAGCGGUUACACGGGUGUCGCCGUUGGAAUCGCGAUUCUCUUCAAGCGUCUCGCCUCGGAGGUGGUGUUCAUAGACGCGGACGAGGAAUUGGCGAAAGCAGAGGCGGAAGACAUCAGCCACGCGGCGGCGUUCCUCGGCAACCCGAAGAUCGUCGGUACCAAAGAUUAUUCCAUGGCUAGAGAUGCGACGGUCUGCGUGAUCACCGUUGGGGAUAGAGCUACGAGCGACGAUGACGAAGGCAGUUUGAUGGAUCAGAAUUUGAAUAUUUUUAAAGACGUUAUCCCGAAGGUCUGCAAGUAUGCACCAAACAGCAUACUUUUAAUCGUGACGGCGCCAGUGGACAUACUGUCGUAUGCAGCCAUGAAGCUCUCAGGCUUCCCACCGCACCGUGUGAUGGGAUUGGGCACAUUUUUGGACAGCUGUAGGUUUCAGUACUUCAUCGCGCAGAAGCUUGGAAUUUCGGCAAACUCGGUGCAGGCCUCUAUAAUUUGUGAAAACGGACCCACGUCUGUACCCAUCUGGUCCGCCGUGACAGUCAUGGGCAUUAAACUGAAAGACAUCAACAGAGAUAUCGGUACUAAAUCGGAUCCUGAAUCGUGGGGUGAACUACACACGAAAGUAAUCGAAUCCGAUAAAGAUCUUAUCACAAGGAAAGGAUAUCGCUGUUGGGGUACUGGUAUUUGUGCGGCGGAAGUCGUAGAUGCCAUCGUGCGAAAUACUUGUAUUUGCAUGACGGUAUCUACCUACCUAAAGGGUUGUCGACACGGUCUGGAGAAAGAUGUCUACAUGUCACUGCCCUGUAUAGUCGGCAGAAAUGGCAUACAAACGCUUCUUCGUCAUCCGUACACGCCGGAGGAGCAAGAACUUACGGAGGCCUCGUGCAGAGCCAUUUACGAGACUCAAAAGUCAAUUCUUCAUACUUUGGAGUGAAUCUUUACGAUCUCACCAAGUUCAAACGUUUUCAUCACUUUCGUCGACUCGUGCAUUCGUUGGGAAGUCCAUAAUUCUAAAAGUUCACUCGUGAACAAUGUUGUAUUGAUUAAAUUACACAAAAACCAGCAGCGAGGUGAAAUUUCG